AUGUCGCCGAACACGGACACGUCCGAUGCUCAAGCAAAGAGGCAGACCAAACACGUCACGACUGCAUGUGUUGGUUGUCGAAGGAGAAAGAUCAAAUGCGAUGGCUUCAGUCCGCGAUGCUCGAACUGUAUUCUUUAUGCACAGGAGUGUGUCUUCCAGCACGGCGUUGACAAACGCAAGAUUGCUCCCAAGGAGAGAUUACAGGCACUGACCAGCUAUUGCCAAAAACUCGAGUCGCUACUCAUCGCCAAUGGGAUUGACCUUCCAUCGCCACCUCCCAUGCACGUCCGGACUGAUCUAUAUAACAGCGGGGCUCCAGUGUCAGGAAUGAUGGAGAACCCGCGCUUCCAGAGCAUUCCUUCCAGCACAGAGCAGUCAGAUUGCGCUCCACCAGGAUGGCCAGGAGACCGCAAUGGCAGUCGCGAUGUGUCGUCGGCGGCAGGAGCUCCACUGGACGAAGCAUACUUCCACUCGGAGUCGUCUCCAGAUGUACCUCUUUCCAGCGGCUCACAUUCGGACACGGCCGCACUUACAGGCACUCGCGAAGACAUCCUCUUAGACCAACUCUCCGGACGCAUGGGGUCGUUACAGAUGGCCGAAGACGGUCAGUUACGAUUCUACGGCGCCACCUCCAACUUGCACAUCCUUCACAAUGGCCCGCUGUCCUUGUCACGAUCCAAAUUCCGCUCUCCUUCCGAACAAGGUGCGGACCUGUUAAUUGGGGCAGGGGUCGGGCAUUUCGUUGAUCCAAGUACUGAGGAUCACCUUCUCAAACUCUACUUCACGUGGGAAGAGCCUUCCAUUCAUGUCGUCGAGGAAGCCGUCUUCUGGCGGGAAAGAACGAACUGUAGAGCUGCAGGCCAUUUCAGUACGUUGUAUUCGGAAGUGUUGACGAACGCCAUGUGUUCAGUCGGAGCCACCAUGACCACCAGAUCGUACCCGCACCUACCAGAUAAUCUUGCGGAUUUCUUUGCUACCAGGUCGAAGCUACUAUUAGAGCUCGAACUCGACGCACCGACUCUUUCAACGGUGCAAUCCCUGGUUAUCCUUAGUGCCGUGGAGGCGCUACUCACAAGGGACGCUCGUGGCUGGCUGGAUAGUGGGAUGGCCGUCAGACUUGCGGUUGACCUUGGUCUACAUCUUGACCCAGAGCCAUACGUCCAGGCGAACCUGAUCUCCGCCGAAGAAGGGAUGAUCCGCAAGGUGAUAUGGGCAGGCGUCUUCGUCCACGACAGGAUGUGGAGUCUGUAUGUCGGAAGGCCAGUCGCCCUCGAUGACAAACACAUAACCGUGAAGUUCUCCGCGCACGAGGACAAUCGCAGCAAAGUGAAGAAGUACUGGUCGCCCUACACCGACAAUGAGGGCACGGAACUGCCUCGCAUGGUUGAUUCAAUCGACGAGUUGAGCAUAUGGAACGUCAACUUGUGCGCACACAUGACUGCCAUCAGAGAGAACUUGUACCCCGACGGCAUAACAGAAUCGAAAAGCGCCAGACAGCUUUUCCAGUUUGCAAUCCAGAAGGGUGAUGACUUGGUGAACUGGCUUCACAGUCUUCCGGCCAGCUUAGCAGUGAAUGACGUCGAUAAGGACGCCUACUACCUUCCCCAUGUUCUCCAGCUACACAUGCAAUAUCAUACCAUCAGGAUCAUCGCAUUCCGUCCUUUCUUCGCUUCUGUCAAGACGCUGCCCGGUCUGACCACAGCCGAAAUCGCGACUGGGCGGAACCACUGCACGAGCUCGGCAAAUUUCGUGGCAAAGCUCAUCCAAACAUAUCGCCGCCUUCACAGCCUCAGAAGGAUCAAUGUGCAAGCAGUCCAUCUGGUGUUCACGGCCACUUUGAUCCACGUCUUUACGGCCUGUGCAGCGACUGAUCCAGCUCGAAGUAACAAUGCGUGGAAAAACCUGGAACUGUGCUGUCAGGCAUUGAGUGAAUUGGGCAUGGCGUUCAAGAGCGCUUCCAGGGCACUUGAGGUAAUCAUGGGCAUCAAGAGCGAUCUGGUGAGGAGGUCAAAGUCGAAGACCAAGCGACAAAGUUCAUGGGAUGACAUGCCAGAAGAUACCGCACCCGUGCCGUCCAAGAAGCGACGGCCAACGAAUGCAGAAAACGAUCUGUCACAAGCCCACCAGUCGCCGCAGAGCCAGGGGAGCUUCGAUUUUGGACUGAGUUUUGGCGAAACGGAGCCUGCUUUCAGCUUGUUCGACACAGCCUACGACGACUUUUCCCUGGAAACACUCUUCUGGGGUGGCUACAACAACCUUGAACUUCCUCACGUCCCGCCUCAAGAUCCGUGA